ACCAUCUGGUCUAAACUAACCAUGUUAUUCUUCGCCUUUACGUCCAGGAGGUGUCAAAUUCGAGCCGCACUCGUUCAAACUAAAUCAUGAGAUGGUAGUACUAAUGGGCGGAAGAUACUCACAAGGAUACCAACUCUUCCAGCAUCUCACUGUCAAGGCGUUCCUCGCCAUUCGACCGCACGCCGAGCAGCUGAUAAGCACCGUCCAGCUUAUGCUCGACACGGGCUUCCCGUCGUUCAAAGGCGAGGGCACGAUCAGGCGUUUGCGCGAUAGGUUUGCGUUGACGCUGAAUGAGCGGCAGGCGGCGGAGCAUAUGAUGGCUGUGGUGAGGAAUGCCCAUGAGAAUGUGAGGAGUACGGCAUACGAUGAAUUCCAGAGGCUUCAAAAUGGUCAGUUAAAGAUGCACAUGGAUGUUGUCCUUGACUUAUGCUCCGUUUUAGGCAUUCCUUACAAGUAAUAGGUAUCAUCGACAUUGGGACUUUUCUUUCUUGUUUUGGAAUCUGGUUUUCUGCACAAGCACGUACUUACUAUUCAAUGCAAUCCAUCCCUUCAAUAAUAUUUACACACACUAUGAUACAACCUAAAACGAUACUCUAGCUAGACUGAAGAAAGCUAGCACUGUUUGACAAUAGCACGGUACAUAUGACAUCAACAAAGCACGACGAAAGAAAGUUGAAAGCAAGAAUCAGAAAUGUCCGUCCGUGUG